CUUAAAGCCCCUUCAAUAACCGGUUCGUUAUAUUCGUCCCUUUUCCACUUCUCCUCCUUCAAGAAACGUAACAUUUCGACAGCAGCAACUGUGCCUAUCCAUCAUGGACGCGACCUUCAUCCGCUGCUGGCGGGUUACGGAGGACGCCAAUAACCCAUUUGUUUACUACAAUAUCACGAAAGAUCAGUGGAACUGUGCAGAGCACUCUGGGACAUGUGAUUCAUGCCCUAGACUCCAGGCUGACCCUGACAUUGCUGGCCUUGGUGUAAUCGCUGCUUUCCUGGUCUCCGCUAGCCUUACAGCAUUGCUGGGCAUUAUCUUUGCCUUACUAACACCUGUCGACCACUCUGGAAGAGGGGAGACCAACGACUAUCGAACUCUAGACAAUGUACUGGCUUCGUUUCUCAACGAGCCCAUUGUGAGACUCCUCGGCGAAAAGCACACGGGAAAAAUGUCAAAAGUUAUCUACGAUAUGGUUAUGUGUCUAGGUGAUCAGCAACCUGUUGUCGCGCUUGCCCUUCUCGUCGCAACCUUGAAACAACUCCAUGUCGAUAAGAGCCUCAGCGUCUUUCACUUGCAGUUGCUCGUGAACCUGGUAUUCGUCAGCACAACCGCCUUCAGCUACACAAUCAUAUCCUGGCGUGUUAUGCGGGAAAGGGGGUUCUACGGCAAUGAUACACCCCCGGAGAACCACAAUACACCCUCGGACAAUAACCAAGAUAGCCCCCAAUCUUUCUGGUGGCGUCUGCGAGAUCAAUUACCGAUGGCGAUGAGGGCUUUUGUCGUAUUCACCCUUUGCAUCUUACUUGUAUACACCGGCUGGAUCACAUCAAAAACGUAUGGCCUUGACAUGAACUGCCCGGCGUUGUGUUACCAGGGUGUUGCGAUAUUCCGGCCUGACCACACGUACCCGUUGGGAGACAAUUGGAUCUGGCUCAUCAAGGUAUGGACGUAUAUUUCCGGAUCCGUGCUUGUCAGUUGGCUUUCGGUGUCCUCCAUCUAUCCUUCUUACGGCGUACUCCCUACGAUCUACCGUUUGCAUGCCGAAGCCCAAAACAAGGGUUCGGCAUGUACCGUCUGGAUCUGGAGACAGAUUUAUGCCGCCUACCUAUCUCUAGCGGCAAUAUCGUUUUAUUUUGUCGUCUUCCUCGUCCACACAUUGAAUAUCUGGGGAGGGAGAACCCGUUCAGACUUUGCGGAGGAUAUCAAGGAUGAAAUGAGCAUGGGGUUUGGGCAGAUCGUGCCCCUCUUUCUUCUCAUACAGCCUCUUCUACAAUUCCUUGAUUCCAUCAGAGAGCAUUAUAGGGAAAACGAGCAGCAACCCGAGGAGGAAGCGGCAUCUGAGAACGUUACCAUCAACAAUGAAGUAUGAGUCUAGACAUCACGAAGCCCACCCCCACCUCCACCCCCUCCCCCUUGAAAUAAAGCUUAUCCGAGGGUUAUCAGGAUUGGACUUUGACUGAGAAAAGGUUUUUUUUUUUAUUUUUAUUUUU